CCACUCCACCGCAAAGUCCAUAGCAAUAUCGUACCGUAGAAGAAGAAGCAUCCAACAUUCCCUUGGUUUCAGGUGUGCUGAUGUCUACUAGGUCGUUUACUAAAUAACGAAUUAGUUAUUAUGUGUCACAUACGUAAUACCGUUGCUUCGCAAUAGUUUGAGUACUGUAUUCGUGCGCAAGAUCGGGGCAAGAAAUACGCACACGUCUGAACGCUGUGCUUUUCUGAGUUCUACGGGUUUCUCAGCAGGGAAAUUCGCUUCAUUUGGCAUUGGUGGUGGAAACUGUAGAGUCCAGAACUACAGGAACGAAGUUCUAUUUUACGGAGCUGCGGUCUGUUUCCAGGUGACAGCCUGCUCUGAGACAAAACGUCCAAACGCAAUGCGGGAAUGCACAUGAAACCUUCCUCAGUCUUAGGUCAUGAUAAUUCUCAAGCCUUCCUUGAUGUUGACCUUAAGCAGAGUGAAGAAACACCGUUCCUGCAUGGGCUACCACAUGAACAUGACCCAAAGGGGCGUCUCAUUUCCUUUAACAAGAGGGAGCUAUACUCCUGGUGGAUAGACAGUGGUGCACAUAGGAGUACAGAGUACAAGCGUUUGAUGGCUGGCACACCUGAAGUGCUGUCAAAUCGUGACAAAGUAAUAACAUCCCUGGCUGCUGGAGCUCUUGCUGGUGCUCUUGCAAAGACUACGAUAGCACCCCUAGAUCGAACCAAAAUCAAUUUUCAAAUUCACAAUCAACAGUUUUCAUUUGUGAAAGCUGUUAAGUUCCUUGCUGACAGCUACAAACACCAUGGUAUCUUCAGCUGGUGGAGAGGGAAUUCAGCAACCAUGGCGAGGGUUGUGCCUUUUGCAGCAUUCCAGUAUGCAGCUCAUGAACAGUGGAAGAUUAUAUUAAUGGUUGACACAAAUGAACGAAGGAGGCACAACUAUGGCAAGACAUUUCUUGCUGGUUCUCUCGCUGGUUGCACGGCGUCCGCUUUGACGUACCCAUUGGACCUGGCACGAGCCAGGAUGGCUGUUUCACCUGCUGAAAGGUAUCGCAACCUUGCGCAUGUCUUUGUAAAAAUCUGGAAAGAGGAGGGGCCGUUGAAGUUAUACAGGGGAUUCACUCCAACAAUGCUCGGUGUUAUCCCUUAUGCUGGUGCUAGCUUCUUCACCUAUGAAACCCUGAAAAGACUCAGAGCAGAGAAAACUGGUUCGAGUGAACUACAUCCCAUGGAACGCCUUGUUUUCGGAGCCCUUGGGGGCCUCUUUGGCCAGUCCUCAUCAUACCCUUUGGACAUUGUGCGAAGACGGAUGCAAACAGCUCCUCUCACUGGCAACAUCUAUAAAUCUGUGUGGGGCACUCUUGUUCUGGUGUACCGCACAGAAGGGCUUAUUGGGGGCUUGUACAAAGGACUGAGCAUGAACUGGAUUAAAGGGCCCAUCGCUGUUGGAACAAGUUUCAUGACAUUCGACAUCGCACAACAGACAUUUCGCAAGUGCCUCUUGCUUAUGUCACACAGUACUUGAACAGAUCUUCAUAGGUUAUAGGAACGUGUAGGACUCAAUAUACAAAGAAUUGUGCUGUUCCAAAAGAAUCUGUGCGAAAUGAGUUGGAGAACGUGUGCACUGCCGAGAUUCCUAGCUUCGACGCAUAAAUGUUCGUAUUUCUAGUCUCACCAGCAAUGCCGAAAGUUGCAGUUGCUUGCAGUGGAGCGGUGUACUGGCAGCCAAACAGCUGACCGGUCAGCUGCGGAGCCAUCCGCGCACUACACAAGCUGGGCACACGUGUGCAACGGCCUUCUGUGUUUCAUGUGAUAUACGUAGGAACCAAGCUAUUGGUGUUGACACCGGUGUGAUCCCCGAGAAGUUGUGUCAUAGGCUUUCAAUGCAGUAUGGCAUGGAGUUGCUUUUUAGUGCAUUACGCUCCGUCCUAGUGUACAAUGUAAGUGGCUAGCCAGUGACUCUGCCAAGUAGUUUUUCUAUUCACUGUUAUGCGGAACAGAAAUAAAGUAUGCCAAUCUGUU